AGGCAGCGGGAGCGGCUCCCCGACCGCGGGCAGCACCAUGAGUGAACAGAGUAUCUGCCAAGCACGAGCUGCUGUAAUGGUCUACGAUGAUGCCAACAAGAAAUGGGUACCAGCUGGUGGAUCAACCGGAUUCAGCCGAGUUCACAUAUAUCAUCACACAGGCAACAACACAUUCAGAGUAGUGGGCAGGAAGAUUCAGGAUCAUCAGGUGGUAAUAAAUUGUGCCAUUCCAAAAGGGCUGAAGUACAAUCAGGCUACACAGACCUUCCACCAGUGGCGUGAUGCUAGGCAGGUGUAUGGUCUGAAUUUUGGCAGCAAAGAAGAUGCCAAUGUCUUCGCAAGUGCCAUGAUGCAUGCCUUAGAAGUAUUAAAUUCACAGGAAGCUGGUCCUACAUUGCCUCGACAGAAUUCACAGCUUCCCUCUCAAGUACAAAAUGGUCCAUCACAAGAAGAAAUGGAAAUCCAGAGAAGGCAGUUGCAAGAGCAACAGAGGCAGAAGGAGCUGGAACGGGAGAGGCUGGAUCGUGAACGGAUGGAACGGGAGAGGCUGGAGAGAGAGAGGCUAGAAAGGGAAAGACUGGAAAGAGAGCGCCUGGAGCAGGAGCAGCUGGAGAGAGAACGGCAAGAAAGGGAGCGGCAAGAGCGCCUAGAAAGGGAGAGACAAGAGAAGGAGAGGCAGGACCGGGAGAGACUGGAACGACUGGAACGGGAGAGGCAAGAAAGAGAACGGCAAGAACAGUUGGAAAGGGAACAGUUGGAAUGGGAAAGAGAGAGAAGAAUUUCAAAUGCUGCUACCCCUGCCUCUGUUGAGAACUCUCUAAACUCUGUGCUGGGAGACUCCUCUGCUUCUGAGCCAGUCUUGCAGGCAGCCUCUCAGCCGGUUGAAGCUCCGACCCAGCAGGGUGUUGUCCAAGGACCACCUGCACCUCCUCCUCCACCUCCCCUGCCACCCGGCCCAGCUCAGUCUUCAGUGGCAGCGCCACCUCCUCCUGGCCCCCCACCACCUCCUCCGCUCCCACCUUCGGGGCCGCCGCCGCCGCCACCGCCGCCUCCUCCGCUGCCCAGCCAAGUUCCUCCCGUUCCCCUGCCCCCUCCUGCUCCCCCCCUGCCAGCCUCGGGCUUCUCUGCGGGCUUCGUGUCCGAAGAUAAUCGCCCUUUAACUGGACUAGCAGCUGCACUUGCUGGAGCCAAACUUAGGAAAGUCUCACGGGGUGAAGACUCCUCCAGUUCGAGUGGAGGAGGAGGAGGCUCUGCUUCAUCCAAAACAGACGGUGGCCGUGGAAAUGGACCCCUUCCCUUGGGAGGCAGUGGGUUGAUGGAAGAAAUGAGCGCCCUGCUGGCCAGGAGGAGAAGAAUUGCUGAAAAGGGAUCAACAGAACCAGAGCAAAAAGAAGAUAAGGCUGAAGAAUCAGAGUCUUCAUCUUCUAAGGUUUCUUCAACAAGCACACCUGAACUAACAAGAAAGCCUUGGGAAAGGACAAAUACAGUGAAUGGAAGCAAGUCACCUGUUAUUUCCAGACCAAAAUCUACACCAACGGGACAGCCCAGUGCCAACGGCGUACAGUCAGAAGGUCUAGAUUAUGACAGAUUGAAGCAGGACAUUUUAGAUGAAAUGAGGAAGGAGUUAACGAAAUUAAAGGAAGAACUCAUUGAUGCUAUCAGGCAGGAACUCAGCAAGUCCAAUACUGCAUAGAAAGACUCGUACUAAGCUGAUGUGACUCUUUAACUUGAUAUAAAACUGACUACGUUUUGUGAGCUGUUAGAAGAAAAUGGAGACAGACAGACAGACACUUGGAAGGAGGGAGAAACAACCUAUUCUGAAAAAGCUUCAGACACAUCACUCUGGUGAUAAUGCUAUUCCCCUCCUAGUUUGCAGCUUUUUUCUGACCUUUACAGCAGGGUGGAAAAGACUCUUAAAGUUACUGUAAUGAUUAUGCAGAAAUUCCUACAUCUAUCAGACAAGAUCACAGUGCUUUGAAGUCUACUCAUGUCAAGAUAAAAUUGCACAUGUUUCAGAAUUUGUUGUUAAGACAAAAAAAAAAACAGGGAAAAGCUUGGGAAGGCUUUUCAGAGAGGUUUUCUUUAUUAAUGAAGGAGUUAGCAAGUUAUACUGUUGUACUUCAAAUGUAUCUCAGGUUUGUCUUCCUAUCAUAUCUGAUAUUUCCAUGAGUAAUUUAAGAGAUCAGAUGUGUAGAGGUUCGGUUCACAAGACAAGGAACAAUUAGAGACGCGUGCUUUUAAAGGGCAAUAUUUGUAAGUAAGGGUGACCUAGACGGUGAUGACAUAUCAAGAUUUUGGAAUUUUAUGAUAGGAAGCCUCUCUAGUUAGCCUUCAUGCAAUUUUCUAGGAAAAUAAAAAGAAAAAAAAGCAAAUACAGUCCAGAGUUUAAAGAUGUAGAUGCCUUCCUACAUUGUUACGAUGCUUUACCAAAUCUAAGACUUCGACAUAAAGCGAAUCAGCAGUCAAAUGUAAAUCAUUAGUAUGUUGUAGAUUUACAGUAGAUUUUGGGGCUUUUUUUAGAUUUAUGCAUGUGGACAUUUUGUAAUGUAACACAACACAGCCAGCUUUUUAAUUAAAAGAAAAAUUGCAUGUCACAGAGUAGCCUUUUCAUUUGUAAGGCUUAAUUUAUGCCCAGAAAGAUGUGGGAAGAGGGAGGGGGAAGGUGACACAUUUUUAUUACUUUCUACACUUUUUCUUCAUCUUACAUGCAUGUGUAAUAAUGAGGAAAACAUGACUUUUAUCAGUAACCAUGUUAAUGGAACCAGGUACUUGAUCCUUUUGUAUCUUUUUUCAGUUUUCUAUUUGAAAUUCAGUAAUAACUUCCAAUAAUUGUUCUGAAACUCCCAGGUGAACCGAACUUGUUUCUCAGUGAGAGAAAAACGUUGUAGGCAUCUGACUUGCUGAGGAUGCCCUGUGUAAGUGCGUUGUCCUUCACCUUUUCACCAUGACUCUGCUUCACUCUUUUCUGAGACUCCUUUUUUUUUCGGUUGUUUAAUGAAACAGAACAGCAGUAGUUACCUGAGAACGAUCAGGUCACAGUAAAUGGCCCCUUCUCCUCCUGAUUUAUCUGCCACCCUCCUUUCCAAAAAAAACCUCAAAACCAACAAAAAAUCCCACAGCUCCACAUGACAAACCCUGAGAAAACCAGCAAUGAUAUGCUAUUGGUUUUGCUCAACAAUUUGAGAAUCAUUUUUAGGGGAGGUGAUACCUCUCUCUUUCCCAGGGUUUUCAAUCUUGAGUGUAAAUUUUUUUAUUUUUAUAGUUUUGUUUUUUAAUGUGGUAAAGUUCAGUGGAAUAGAAAUUCUGCAAAUUGGCUCUGUAGUGCUUUGGGCAAGGAGUAUGGAUCAAAAUCUUCCCUUUUCCUUUGCACUGUCCAUUUUUCCAAGCUGUCUUUGCUUUGGAAUCUGUGCUAAUCCAGAAGAAAAGUUUACUUGCAGCUUGUGGAGAGAUUUGCUUACAAGUACAGGCAGCUCCAUUCAUGACACAGAUGCUUUCAAUAGCAGACUGUCUAGAGUGCUGAACACCAAAGCAAAACAGCACUUAACAGCUUCAGAAAGGCUUCAACAGGAAAUUUUUCUCCCAUUCAAACAUUGCCUGAUCUUAUAGGUUCAGAUUCUAAGGGAAGAUGACAGUGGAAAUAUUGCCCAACUCCUUUUCUUUUGUUGUUUUGUUUUGUUUUGUUUUAAUAAAGAGGAGAAACAACAUCACUUUUCUGCAUGCAUUUAUUGAAGGCAUUAAAAAGAAAAAAAUCCAUAGUAAGCUUGUCAAGUACUGUUUUUCUCAAAACAAGAGGAGGCAUUUUCAUCUUUGUUGAUGUAGCUUUUUGUUUUACACAGACUUUUUGAGCAGUGAGGAUGUUUACCCUUGUCAGAAAUCAUGUUUGAUUCGUUUCUAGGAGGGUUCAGGAGUUACAAAGUGGAAUAGCAUGGAUGGCUAUAAGUGGUCCAAAAUUAAAGGCUGAACUUCUAGAUUGUGCAAGGAACUGGCUUAUGCACUAAACGUUUUGUGCCUUGGUCUACAAUUAACAUGAUUUCUGUUUAAAAGAAAAAGGAACAGAUGUUGUCUUUUUGUGCUGCUUCUACGUACAUACUUUCUGUAAUCCCAACCUGCAGAACUGGUUCUUUCCAGAAAAUCAGAUUGAAUUAAAGAUUACUGUAGACAUUUCCUGACCUACUGACAGUUUCACCGUUUCCAGAGAUUUCAGUAUUGAAAAUGAACUGCAGAAGCUACAAUUGCUUUGCUUACUGGUGACUUAAGUCCUUUAUAAACCAUAUUGUGGUGGUUCUGUGCUUUUGUACAAUGGAUGUCUUAAGCUGAGGGCAGUUUAAGGGAUCCUUCCUAAUGCCAGGAGGGCGUUGCUUUCCUCAACACUGUGAUCUGACCUGUGAUAAACCUGCACUAUAGACAAGUGGCUACCGAGUCAACUGCAAACCAACUGAAUGUAAAACCCUUAGUGCUGGUGCUGAAAUCUCUUCAGACAGUCAUAAUGAUUUCCAGUUCGUUGUUUUAAAGUUAUCAAGUGUCAAUCAAAGACUGAAGCUGUUCACUAAUGAAUGUUGACUUUUCAUGCAUUUAGGUUUACCUUCUUUUAGUUUCUCAGUUCAUUCUCUGCUAUUUUUAUCAUAUUGUGUCAUUUUAAAUUUCUUACAUGCUAACGUUUUGUUUGAGCGAAUGAAAUAAAAUUGCAAUAUAUACACGUUGCCACCAUUUAUUUCUGGAACCUCAUAGAAAACUCUCUGAGAUUUACUACUCAAAAUCCCCACAUUUUUAAUGACUGUGAUCAUUCCUUACUCCUUGAUUCCACCUCUCCUUUCUGUUUCUCCAUCAGAAGAUCCAGUAGAGAACAGUGAAGACUUAACCUUAUCAAGAAUGUAACUGCAGGGACUGUGUACAUUCAUGAAUGGUAACUGCUGUACAUAAAUUAAAAUUAAUUUCAAAUGUA